GGGAAUACCGAUCCCGGUCUACGUUCAAACCCAAACGAUCGACUUACUAGCCCGUUAGAUGAUACCCAAUCGUUUACACAUCACCAGGACUCGGCCAAGUCCCUGGACACCUAUCCCAGUCCGGUCUCAUUGGCCUUGCACUCUUUAUUGGCCCCAUUCGGUUAUAUGGGUCGUGUGGAUCACAAUUCUUCCUCGUCCGCUUCCGAUAUGGCCGGUAACGGGCACACACUGGACGAUGAUCUAUCCCGUGGCCCACAUCCGGACAAUUCGGAUGGAAAUGUUGAACUGGAGUUAGCGGACGAUGGUUUGACCACAUCACCUGAACCCAGCCCGGGCGAGAGAACCGCGGCCCUCAUCACAGAUUUGGCCCGACGACUAGCUGUGGAGGAACAAACCGGUAUGCUAGAUGAGGCGGAACCGGAUGAUGUGAGCACAACUUGUCCCCCGUCCCAUGAGGCCAUUCUCCGAUUCACUGAAGGCAUGCGCACAGCGACUGAAUUCCUCCGUCUUCCGAAUACCUACUUCAAAACCCGGUUCCGAAUGAGUACCAUUCCGCUGGAACAAUACGAGAAAGAUGUCCAAGUCUGGAGUCACAUGAUGAACCACUUCCAUAUGCACGCUCAGCAGAUUGUCCAAUUCGCCAAACUUGUGCCAGAUUUCAUUAUGGACCCUCGUGCAAGGAUAGUGGCAUCGAUUUACUUCCAGGUGGCAGAUUGUCUGAUCCGCCAUGUGCAGACCACGUUGCGCUACUAA